GGCGGCGGCGGCGGCAGCUGCAGCAGCGCGGCCCCUUUAAACCGCCCGCCCCGGCCCGCGCCGCCCCCGCCCCAGCCUCCAUUUUCCGGCCGCCCGCGCCGCGCGCCGCGCCCGCCCGCGGCCCCGCCGCCGCCGCCGGCCCGGACAUGGCCGCCAACAUGUACAGGGUCGGAGACUACGUCUACUUCGAGAACUCGUCCAGCAACCCGUACCUGAUCCGGAGGAUCGAGGAGCUCAACAAGACGGCCAGCGGGAACGUGGAGGCCAAGGUGGUGUGCUUCUACCGCAGGCGGGACAUCUCCAGCACGCUCAUCGCCCUGGCCGACAAGCAUGCCACCUUGUCAGUCUGCCAUAAAGCCGGACCGGGCGCCGACAGCGGCGAGGAAGGGGAAGCAGAGGAGGAGGCCGAGAGCCCGGAAGUGGAGGAGGAGCUGCCCGACCGGCUCAGGCACCAGUUGCGGCACCGAGAGCUGUUCCUGUCUCGGCAGCUGGAGUCGCUGCCUGCCACCCACAUCAGGGGCAAGUGCAGUGUGACGCUGCUGAACGAGACGGAGUCCCUCAAGUCCUACCUGGAGCGGGAGGAUUUCUUCUUCUACUCGCUGGUCUACGACCCCCAGCAGAAGACCCUCCUGGCGGACAAAGGAGAGAUUCGAGUGGGAAACCGGUACCAGGCCGACAUCACUGACCUGCUGAAGGAAGGUGAGGAGGACGGCCGUGACCAGUCCAAGCUGGAGACCAAGGUGUGGGAGGCCCACAACCCACUCAUAGACAAGCAAAUCGACCAGUUCCUGGUGGUAGCCCGCUCGGUGGGCACCUUCGCACGUGCCCUGGACUGCAGCAGCUCCGUGCGACAGCCCAGCCUGCACAUGAGUGCCGCCGCCGCCUCCCGAGACAUCACCUUGUUCCACGCCAUGGACACACUGCACAAGAACAUCUACGACAUUUCCAAGGCCAUCUCGGCCCUCGUGCCGCAGGGCGGGCCCGUUCUGUGCAGGGAUGAGAUGGAGGAGUGGUCGGCGUCGGAGGCCAACCUCUUCGAGGAGGCCCUGGAGAAGUACGGGAAGGACUUCACGGACAUCCAGCAGGACUUCCUGCCAUGGAAGUCGCUGACUAGCAUCAUCGAGUACUACUACAUGUGGAAGACCACCGACAGAUACGUGCAGCAGAAACGUUUGAAAGCUGCUGAAGCAGAGAGCAAGCUGAAGCAAGUCUACAUCCCCAACUACAACAAGCCAAGUCCAAACCAGAUCAGCGUGAACAACGUCAAGGCCAGCGUGGUGAACGGCACAGGAGCGCCGGGCCAGAGCCCUGUGGCCGGCCGGGCCUGCGAGAGCUGUUACACCGCACAGUCUUACCAGUGGUAUUCUUGGGGUCCCCCUCACAUGCAGUGUCGUCUCUGCGCGUCUUGUUGGACGUAUUGGAAGAAAUACGGUGGCUUGAAAAUGCCAACCCGGUUAGACGGAGAGCGGCCAGGACCAAACCGCAGUCACACGAGUCCCCACGGCGUCCCAGCCCGGAGCAGCGGGAGCCCCAAGUUUGCCAUGAAGACGCGGCAGGCCUUCUACCUGCACACCACCAAGCUGACCCGCAUCGCCCGGCGCCUGUGCCGUGAGAUCCUGCGGCCCUGGCAUGCUGCCCGCCACCCCUACAUGCCCAUCAACAGCGCAGCCAUCAAGGCCGAGUGCACUGCCCGGCUGCCGGAAGCGUCUCAGAGCCCGCUGGUGCUGAAGCAGGCAGUGAGGAAGCCCCUGGAGGCUGUGCUGCGGUACCUGGAGACGCACCCGCGCCCUCCGAAGCCCGACCCCGUGCGGAGCGCCUCCAGUGUCCUCUGCAGCCUGACGCCGGCCAAGUCGGCCCCUGUCAUCAACAACGGCUCCCCCACCAUCCUGGGCAAGCGCAGCUACGAGCAGCACAACGGGGUGGACGGCAACAUGAAGAAGCGCCUCUUGAUGCCCAGUAGGGGUCUGGCAAACCAUGGACAGACCCGGCACAUGGGACCAAGCCGGAACCUUCUGCUCAAUGGGAAGUCGUACCCCACCAAAGUGCGCCUCAUCCGGGGGGGCUCGCUGCCCCCGGUGAAGCGGCGGCGGAUGAACUGGAUCGACGCCCCCGACGACGUGUUCUACAUGGCCACCGAGGAGACCAGGAAGAUCCGCAAGCUGCUCUCCUCCUCGGAGACCAAGCGCGCCGCCCGCCGGCCCUACAAGCCCAUCGCCCUGCGCCAGAGCCAGGCCCUGCCGCUGCGCCCGCCCCCGCCGGCCCCGGUCAACGACGAGCCCAUCGUCAUCGAGGACUAGGCCGCCCCCCAGCCCCGCCCAGCGCCCCACUCCCACCCUCACCUGCAGACGCGGCCCGCGCGCCAUUAACUUAUUCCGAGAAUGCCGAGCAGUUGUUUUUAGCUUUGUGUUGACUUCCGGCUGGAGCGGAGCAGAGGGGCCGGGCCUGCCCGAGGCGGGCCCUGCGGCUUUGUUAUGUUCUGUUGAAGGUGCCAUUUUAAAUUUUAUUUUUAUUACUUUUUUUGUAGAUGAACUUGAGCUCUGUAACUUCACCUGGAAUGUUAGAUCGGUGCGGCCGGUGGCGGCCGAGCUGCCUGUUGGGGUUGGCCCCCUUGUCUUUUCAAGUAAUUUUCAUAUUAAACAAAAACAAAAAAAAUCUCAUAAAAAGAAAAAAAAACCCA